AGAUGGCGCCCGGCUCGUCAGGUGAUUCAUCGGGUCAAUUUUCUUCUUAAUGCAAAGUCCUGUGGGCAACCAUGGCGUUCAACAAGAUGGUAGAUGACCAAGUAGUUCCACAGUUUUCCAAAUUUCUCCAUGAUGAUCCCUAUGUUAAACCUUACCAGACUGAGAUAGAGAGAAGGUACAAGUGUUUGUCCAGUCUAAAGAAUGAUAUUGAAAAGAAUGAGGGUGGAAUGGAGAAAUUCAGCAGAGGUUAUGAAAGGUUUGGGAUCAACAGGACUCCAGAGGGUUUGAUGUACCGUGAAUGGGCACCAGCCGCUCAUGGAGUGUAUCUCACUGGAGACUUCAAUGGCUGGUCCAGAACUUCUCAUCCAUGUACCAGAAAUGAAUUUGGAGUCUGGGAGCUAGCCCUUCCUUAUAAGGAGGAUGGCUCAUCGCCAAUCCCCCACGGAUCAAAAGUUAAGGUUUCAAUUCAGCUUGAAAAUGGUAAUUUAGUGGACCGCAUUUCUCCUUGGAUUCGUUAUGCCGUGUGUCCCGAGGACAACAUUCUGUAUGAAGGAAUCCACUGGGACCCUCCACAGCCAUACCAGUGGCAGCACAGCCGUCCCAAGAAAACCUCAGGCUUGCGAAUUUACGAGGCGCACGUUGGGAUAGCCUCACCGGAACCAAAGGUAGCAAGUUACAAAGAUUUUGCACUCAACGUCAUUCCACGAAUAAAGAAAUUAGGAUACAACUGCAUACAGCUUAUGGCUGUCAUGGAGCAUGCGUAUUACGCCUGUUUUGGUUACCAGGUUACCAAUUUCUUCGCUGCUUCCAGCCGUUAUGGUACGCCAGAGGAGUUGAAAGAACUCAUAGAUGUAGCACACGGUAACGGCAUUUUAGUACUACUAGAUGUGGUGCACAGUCAUGCCGCGAAGAAUGUAAUGGAUGGCUUGAACGAAUUUGAUGGAUCACAAAGCUGCUAUUUCCAUGGGAGCGGUCGUGGAUUUCAUUCAUUGUGGGACAGUCGACUGUUCGACUACACUCAGUGGGAGGUGCUCCGAUUCCUUCUGUCCAACCUUCGCUGGUACAUGGAAUAUUACCAUUUCGAUGGCUUCCGGUUUGAUGGUGUUACGUCAAUGAUUUACCACGACCACGGAAUGGGACAUGGAUUUGGUGGAGAUUAUCCGGAUUAUUUUGGACUUGGAGUAGAUACGGAGUCACUUAUCUACCUCAUGUUAGCCAAUGACAUGCUGCAUACAAUUUAUCCUGAUGUUAUCACGAUUGCCGAGGUUCUAAAAGAGCUGAAGGACGAGAACUGGCACAUGUGGGACAUUGUCUGGACUCUCAUCAAUCGACGCCACAACGAGAAAACCAUUGCGUAUACAGAGAGUCAUGACCAGGCCCUUGUCGGCGACAAGACUAUUGCCUUCUGGUUAAUGGAUAAAGAGAUGUACACGCAUAUGUCGGAGACAAUGCCGCUGACCCGCAUCAUCGAUAGAGGAUUAGCACUACACAAGAUGAUUAGAUUAAUAACCUUUGCUCUGGGAGGGGAAGGCUACUUGAAUUUCAUUGGAAAUGAAUUCGGACAUCCUGAAUGGUUGGAUUUCCCACGCGAGGGGAACAACAACAGCUAUCACUAUGCACGCAGGCAGUUUAAUCUAGUGGAUGAUCCGCUGCUUAGAUACAAGUGUCUGUUCGAGUUUGACCGGGCCAUGAUGCAGCUGGAGGAAAAAUACCAUUGGCUAGAGUCUUCUCAGGCCUACGUUAGCUGUCACCACGAGGAUGACAAAAUCAUCGUAUUUGAAAGAGCCUCCUUGAUGUGGGUUUUCAACUUUCAUCCCACCAAGAGUUUCGCUGACUACAGAAUCGGCGCCAGCAUCGCUGGAAAAUACAGAAUAGUUUUGGAGACAGAUUCAACUGAGUACGGGGGGCACAAGCGAUUGGAUCCAAACUGUGAAUACUUCGUAGACAGCCAGCCAUGGCAUGACAGACCAUUCUCUCUUCUAGUCUACAUUCCUUGCCGUAGUGCUCUUGUUCUAGCUCCUGUAUAACAUUUACUUCAUGGACCUAUUUAACAGAUCGUGUGGGAAUCUCUGGAAUUGUUUUUACACUGAGAAGAAUUGCCCUUUGUAUGUGGUGGACGCAGUUCUUCACAGGAUAUAUUAUAUCAUUAAACUUACUCAGCCAUUUACUUGUGGCAUAUUGUACGUCGACAUACAAGUUUUUCUUUAUUUGAGCUGAAACAUUUUACAGCAAGAAAAUUACAUUCUUAAAAAAAGGAAUAAUGUAAGAACUUCACUACACAAGAUCAUGAUCAUUACUCCGGAUUGGAAGUCGAGUGAGUUUUCCCUUUUUAGGUUAUUGCAGAGUGUAUUGAGAAGUAUUUUUUGUACGAGAAAAGUAUGAAUCAUAUGGCAGAAUUAUCCUCCUUUAAGUUUAAAGCUUGUUAAAGAGUGUAGUCAAUUUUGAUAAGGAAACGAUGGAGUCGUUUGACGAUUUACCGUAUAUUAAUUAGAUAUUAAAUUUUGGUGUUAACCCUCUAACUCCCAUGAGUGACCAAGACAGAAUUUGUCCUUACAAUAUCAAUACAAUAUCAAGCAGACAACUGACGAGAAUAAAGAAAAAUAUCAAUUAGGGAAUUAUUAGUUGAUCUGGUACCUAAUUCUCCGAAUUUUCGUCAUACGUUCAGUAAGGAGAGCUGGUAGUCAGAUAUUAGUAGUGAAGAGGUGAAUGGUAAGGGUUGAUUGGUAUUAGCGUGUAACGUAUGAGGUGAUGGGUGUCGUUGUAUAGAGGAGCAAUCAAUAGAAAAUAAACAGUUCACUUGGGACA